CCCAGUUUAACAUUUGGUCCUUGCCGCCACACGAGAAGGAAGUGAGGGUCUGCGGUGCUCUCCCCUUCCUCCCCGUCCAAGUAAGGAACACUACCUUCCCCUUGAACUGUUGCGAGAGGUUCAAGUCGACACGGAACCUCUCUACAUACAUACCGACUCAAAGGAACAGAGACUGAACUUAUCACCUAAAAACAAACAAACAAAAAAAAAAAAGAUUAUCGCGUUACCUUAACAAGACAUUAAUAGAGAAACAAGUACUCGUGUUACAGUGAGGACGACAACAGUGACUUGCGCCUCCUAUGCUGCAGCUCACACAACACUGAGAUCUUGGCUACAACUGCUGCUGAUCCUCCUCGUUCCCUCCCUCCCUGUCGCCACCCUUGUCAUCGUGUCGGCGAGUGCAGCAGGGAGAACCAUAGCACCAGGAGUCUUAACACUGACUAAACUGGUGAAGCUGCGACUCUGGUCUACUCUCAGGCUAAAUGGUUACCAGAAAUACAUCGAUGUAAUUGGGAUAAAAGCGUCCCCAUCCAUCGCCGAGUGAGUGAGGGAGUUGUAAGGAAAAGGAAGCUGCGAUCAUUCCCAGGAUCAGAAAAUGUCUACCAAUACCAGCAGCCAAUUCCUCUUGACAGGUGUGCUGCUGCUGUGCUUCGCGGGCGCCUACUGGCAGCCAUGCGACGCUGUUCGUUCAUCCCGUAUGGUCUGUGGCUCCAAGAUGGGCAAAAAGCAAGCAGUGGAGCCCUUUGAGUGGUGGCCAGAUGAGGAAGAGCCCUGUCCGCCUGACCAAUGGCGGUGUAGAGACGACAAGGAAUGCAUUCCCCGCAGCGCUUUGUGCUCCAAUGCUACGGAAUGCGAAGACGGGUCCGACGAGUCGCCAAGAUUUUGUGGCUGCAAGAAGGACCAGUUCCGCUGUGGUGACCGGUGCAUCUUAUGUUCCCAGCUCUGCGAUAAGGUGGAGCACUGUGAUGACGGCGAGGACGAGCGGGACUGCCUGACGCACACGUGCCCGUCCAACUUCUUCCAGUGUGAGAGCGACGGCAUCUGCGUGCCCCAACGAGCAUUGUGCAACCACACCACCGAAUGUGCAGACGGUUCCGACGAGAAUAACUGCCAGAGCUUCAGAACCUGCUACCAUUUGGAGUUUCGGUGUGAUAACGGGCAGUGCGUGCGUCCCUACUCUGUGUGUGACGGCAGAACACAAUGUAAAGACGGGUCGGACGAGAAAGACUGUCAGCCUUCAGACUUCGUGACAUGCAAAUCAGGCAGAAAGGUCCACAAGUUUUGGCAUUGCAACAACUUCCCGGACUGCAGCGAGAAGUAUUACGACGACGACACCGACGAGCUACACUGCCCCUGCGACGAGACGCACUUCCGCUGCAACAACACUCGCUGCAUCUACAAAGGCAACGUGUGUGACUCAAAAUGCGACUGUCAGGGUUGUGAGGACGAGGUGAACUGUAGCCACGUUUACACCAGUGACUCGGGUGUGGUGGAGUGCCUGAAAGGAAAAUCCGUGGAAUGCAGCGGCCGGUGCAUCGCGAGGGAGUUUUUGUGAUGGCAUCAAUCACUGUUAUGGAAAUGACCUGACGGAGUUCGGCUGCUACGACAGUGAGACCAAUACGUUUAAUCAUCCGCUAGAAGUGAGGCAGAAAGACUUUAGCUUUUUCCAGUGUAACGAUACGAGGAGCCUGCUGAGCACCAUCGUGUGUGACGGCCAAAGACACUGCUUGGACGGAGAAGA